AGCGGGGAAGCCCUUCGGGUGGGAGCGCAGAGGCGACUGUCCCUUUAAGAAACCGUCCAGUCAGCGCAUGUUGCCUUUAUUCCGCGGCGCACCUUCUGCUCCAUCACCGGACGAUGCGCCCCAGCAACUUCCAGCAGCACGGGAGCUGCAGCACGGAGGAGAGAUCCUGAACGACCGAGGUCAUCUUCAUAGACAGGUAAUGGAUCCAGUGUGACUGUUAUAUCACCUUCCUGCCCAGCUGGCCCCUCUGACUCCGUAGCUAUGGCAACUUGUCCAAGAGGCUGCGCACCAGCGGUGCGCCUUUGUCAGAAACUGAACCGACUCAAGACGCUGGAUGAUGACAUGAUGGCCACAUCGCUGAAACGCUGUCUCUCCACCCUGGACCUGACCCUUUUGGGUGUUGGAGGCAUGGUGGGCUCUGGGCUUUAUGUCCUGACAGGAACAGUGGCCAAAGACAUGGUUGGGCCUGCUGUCAUCAUAUCCUUCAUAUUUGCAGGUUUUGCAUCUUUAUUGGCUGCCUUUUGUUAUGCAGAGUUUGGAGCACGUAUUCCCAAAACCGGAUCCGCCUACAUGUUUACCUACGUUUCUGUGGGAGAGGUCUGGGCCUUUCUCAUUGGUUGGAAUGUGAUUCUGGAGAACAUGAUUGGUGGUGCUGCUGUGGCACGUGCCUGGAGUGGCUAUCUGGACUCCAUUUUUAACCAUGCUAUCCAGAACUUCACAGAGACACACAUUAUGCAGUGGGAUGUGCCCUUUCUUGCCCAUUACCCUGACCUACUUGCAGCAGGGAUCCUAGUAGUGGCCUCAUUCUUCAUUUCCUUUGGAGUUCAAGUGUCCUCUUACCUCAAUCAUAUCUUCUCCACCAUUAGUAUGGUAGUCAUCAUUUUCAUACUGGUGUUUGGCUUUAUGCUGGCGGAACCAGUCAACUGGAGCCAGAAAGAAGGAGGCUUUGCACCUUUUGGGCUGUCUGGAAUACUUGCAGGCUCUGCCACAUGCUUCUACGCGUUUGUGGGCUUUGACGUAAUUGCAUCCUCAAGUGAAGAGGCAAAGAACCCGCAGAAGGCUGUUCCCAUUGCCACUGCAAUCUCGCUUGGACUGGCAGCAACAGCUUACAUCCUGGUCUCCACAGUGCUCACACUAAUGGUGCCCUGGCAUACACUGGACCCCAACUCGGCUCUGGCAGAUGCUUUCUUCCGCCGUGGUUACAGUUGGGCUGGAGUGAUUGUGGCAAUAGGUUCUAUCUGUGCCAUGAACACGGUGCUGCUCUGUAAUCUCUUCUCUCUCCCUCGGAUUGUGUAUGCCAUGGCAGAGGAUGGAUUGUUCUUCUCCAUUUUCGCACGCGUCAAUCCUGUCACCAAAGUCCCAGUCAAUGCCAUCUUGGUGUUUGGAAUCCUCAUGGCUGUCAUGGCUCUCAUCUUUGACCUGGAGGCCUUGGUCCAGUUCCUUUCCAUCGGCACACUCCUGGCGUACACCUUUGUGGCAGCGAGUGUUAUUGUGCUGCGCUUUCAGCCUGGGAAAACCAGCUCCAAGGGAACUGCAGCCACAUCUCCAAACCCCAAUGCUGAGCCUUCACCUGCCCCUUCAGAGUCCCAGACCAUAACUGAGGACAGCGGGGAGCUGAAGCAGUACGAGUCCUUCUCUGACAAACUCCAGUUGGUUGAGAGGCAGAAGACGGGAGAGCAGCGAGGGGUGGGCCAGCUGAAGGCUUGCUGGGAACCGUACCUGGGCAAGCUAUUUGGGGACUCUGAGCCGGGUGAGGUGGUGGCAGCCUGUGUGCUGACUCUGAUAGUGAGCUCAGUAUCCCUCUGCGCUGUGCUGGAAUUUGGAAGCAAACAGCUGCAGCUGCCCGUCUGGAGCUUCACAAUGCUGCUGGUGAUUUUUAGCUUAGCUUACGUCCUCAGCCUGGCACUCAUAUGGCUUCACGAGCCACAGACGGAUAGCAAAACAUUCCAGGUACCUCUGGUUCCACUGACCCCAGGAGCCAGUAUCCUCAUCAAUGUAUUCCUCAUGAUGAAGCUCAGCCCUCUAACCUGGAUUCGCUUCGCCGUGUGGAUUGCCAUAGGUCUGGUUGUGUAUUUCGGCUAUGGGAUCUGGCACAGUAAGGAGGGCAGGCGGGAGCUGCAGCCCAAAGACAUGGCCGCCCGGUACGUGGUGCUGCCCAGCGGCAGCCUGGUGGAGACAGUGCAGCCUGUCCAGCCCAAUGGUCAAGUGGACACCCCGGCGCACCACAUCACCACCUCCACUGACAUGACAGCUGAGGAGUGUGCAGAAAAGAGAUGAUCUGCGACCAAAUAUAGUCACUGUUACAACUGCCUGGUAUUAUCUCCCACUCAAACGCUGUACUAUUACUAGUGUACUCUCUGUAUCUCACUCACUUUAGUGUGUGACUGGCCUGCCACAGUCUGUACUCGUUGCUCUGCAGAUGUAAGCACACCACAGGAUGGGACGCACGCUGUCUGUCAAGUUGUGAAGUAUAUUUGUAUAUCUUAAAACAGUUGAAUGUAAAGUAGAGAGCUCUAUCACAUACUCCUCUUGCAUCAAAGUUGUGUUAUAUCCUUGAAGUCCAGCUCUUUACUUGCAACUUUGCCAGUUUGUCUGAAUCCAUGUGCUCAUAGCUUACAGUAUAUAUGGUGCUUUCUUUGUGACAGACUGUACUUUUAGCUAUAUAUACCUAGAGAAUGAUUUUAAUUUUUUUCUAACACGAAUCUCGGACUGGAAAAUCAAAAUUCAACAAACAUUUUACUCCGUUGAAAACAAGGUAGAAGACCUCCCAUUUCAUUUUGAAGGUAUCAUCUUGAGUAAAGUAAGGUUCCAUUUAUCGCAUGUUUCUUUUUUUUUUUUUUUGUCAAGCAGAGGAAUACACAGACUUUUGAGUUUACAUUUCUGCCUUUUUGUCGAGCUUCUCUUCUCCUCAAAGCCUCAGGAGAAACUACAGGCUCUGUUAGUGUGGAUCCUCUUAUAAACUGCCCUUCCUUUAGUGGUUUCUGACACCUCACUUAAUCCACUAACUUCAUUUAUUGUAUGUAUUUAUUUUUGAUUGAUGAUUGAUGAUUACUAUUCAUGUUUUUACUCUUAUUCAAAUCGUAUUAGUUUUUUGGUUUCCUGUUCCCGUAUUCGUCUUUGCAACAUGAAUAAGACCUAUGUUGUGCAUACCUUGAUUAUUCACCAUAAGUAAUUUGUGUUCACCUUUAAUUGGCUGAGCAACAUUUUAGUGCUUCACUUAAUCUAAAUCUCAUCCCAUGACCCUGUUCCCUUUGGUGUCACUGAUCUUGUGCAGGUUUUUCUCACGCUCCUUUUGACAGCAACCACUUUCCCGUCUCUCUCUGAUGGCAUGAGAUUAUGAUAUAUGAAAAGCACAUAGACUACUGAACUUUUGUUGAUUUCUCAUAAUGUUAUAUUUUAUUGUUAUAUGACUGAUUUUCUGAGAUAAACUGAGAGGUAAUUAGAGUAUUGGAUACAAAAGUCAAGCACAUACCUACUGAAUGGGACUCUUCACACACAGGCUUUAAAUGUUGGCAUGCUGGCAGACACUGGUUAUGUUAAACCUGACAAGGGCCUCUGUAAUCCCAGCGGAUUUUCAGCAGUCCCUGUCGUCAGUCUGCAUCUUGACCUACAUCAGAGAAAGGCACACAUGUGAGAACACUCUCAUAUUACACAGAUAACAUUCCCAAAGCCUAAAUUGUUUCAAUAAAGGAACACAGGGCAUUAUUUUUUUAGCACAACUAUGAAUUAUUUUUUUAUUUCAGUGUGUUUGCAUGUGUUAAAUAAGAAACCAAUGGCCUUAAACAUGUUGUCAUCAAUGCAGACUGACUUCCAAAACUAAUUUAGUCUGUUAAAAUUGUGUCUGUUGCAUAAAAACUCUUAUACAGGACUUCAGGCUUGUCAAUUAUUAAACCAAAACACAAAUAUGGAAGCAAAUGUACAGUGGGGGGGGGGGGGUUUGUAAGCCUUUGCACACCAUUUUCUGGCAAUUUUGUGUCACAGUUAUGCUUUUGAUGUCGGGGCUGGUGGCAAAUAUUAAUUCUGUGGUGCUUAAACAUACUCUCACCUCUUACUUUCUUUUUGUGCCGGGAAGCACAAUUACAGAUAAUCCAGUUCUUUUCUUACUUUGAAUAGUAUUGUACUCUGUACUUGCAUAUUAAGGUCUCAGAUCUUUCUGUUAAAUGUGUACGUCUGUAUAAAAUGCAACGACUGUGUUAUCAGUUAAAAAUAAAUGUUUUGAAGCAGCAUUUCCAAAAAUGUAAA